AUGGAAACAGCAAAUCCAGUGUUAUCUGCAGAAAGGAACACAUAUGUAACUGAUGCAAAGACGUCAAGAUUAGACCUGAAAUCCUCCCAGCAACAGACUAAACACACACACCUUCACACACACACAGACAGGAGGAGCUCCCAUUUCACAGUGAAGACACUUCCUCUCUGUGGAGGUUGUGAGCAGACCUCCUCUCCUCACGUUCCUCUCAGAUUAGCGAGUUCAAACGAGGCUCUAAUGUACGAACACGCCGCCGCCGCCGCCGCAGCUGAGAAGAUGGAUAUCUGCAGUCGUUGCGUGGGCCUACACUCCAUUGAUUUUACACUUCAUGCACCUUAUCAGCGUCCGCCCCCAAUGAGCGGCAGCUCUUCAUGGGCCGGUGCGUCAGCUGGAGCUGCAGGUACAGUGGAGACCCCCCCACACCCUCAGGAGGGCGGAGGGUCCAUUUAA